CUCGACUAAUUUCUCUUCUUGCACAUUGACACUGCGGCGCACCUGAGCCAUGAUAGUAGUCGAACGGUGCUUCGUUUUGCAAUGUCGCCAGCAUCUGCACUUCGCUAUACAGGCUCAUGGGACCUCAUAUCCAUUAAGCCUAUCAAAACCAUCUCAAUCGCACGACACAGUAGAACAGUAGGUUUCAAUUUGCUCAAUUAGUCGCACUUUCGUCUCGAAACUACCUGUAUGCUCUUGGUGCAGUAUAAGUAGUUGUUUCGGCAUCUGCUUCCUUCUCUUCUUCUCUCGGAAUAUAGAGCGCUCCUCCUGAAUCCUACCAUGCUCUCAAAAUUUCUGCUCGCGGUAGCUCUAGUGGCCUUGUUUGGCAACUCCGUGACCGCAAUACCUCUUACCUCACCUGCGGCUAUCCAGGAUCUCCCAAACGAAAAUAGAGAGUAUGCCGUCUCGGCCGAUCAAACGAGCGCAUCAACUGUUCGUGACGACACAAAGAUACUGGAUCUCAGCAAUUUCCAUGCUCAGGUCGAUUUGGCAAAGCAAGAUCCAGAGAUACAGGAUCCGGAAAACCAAGACCCGGAAGAAGAGGAUCCUCCUCCGCACCAUAACAGAUCUUGGUGCAAGAAGCACCCCAACCACCCAUACUGCGACUCACAGUUCUGUCGUGAUCAUCCUGGCUCUUGCAAAGUCGAUGUUGAGUUCAGCGUUCGAGCGGAGCACAAUGGUCCGUGGACCCCAGAUCCCACAGAUCUAGGUCCAGACUAUAAGGUAUCAGAUACUGUCGGUUGCCAGCACAACAUUCAGGUAGCUGAUCACAUGGACCCGCUUCCGUCGCAACAGCUUCACUCUCGCACCGGUCAAGCCGCCGCUGAUCCACCAGUCGACAACCAUGAGAUAAUACAGAACGCUACGGUGGUCGAAAGAUGGGCCGUCUGUCUCGACGCCGCAAUUCAAUACGACAUGAUCCCACGACCAGGCUACUGCUCCGAUGACUGCUUCACUCAUCCCGAGAAGUCCGAGUGUGCAUGUCCAAAGUCUCCGAUCCCAAUUCCAUCAGACCUCCUCGAUAAACUCAGAAGGCAUCCCCCCAACAAGGAUCCUCCGCCCACUGACAAGAAAGAUUCUCCACCCACUGCCAAAUCUGAUCUGGACGAACAUGCAACCACUCCUGCAGAAUAGUAGGAGAUGCUUGCCAAGAUCAAGACUUCUACUCGAUCGCCGGUUGUUCCGAAAAACUAUAUUGAUGGUUCCUGUGGUUGAAGCAUAACUCCGCCUGACAUGGUAGUGUGGAAACAAGCGUUGAACUUCUUUGGGGGCGAGGGAUGAAGUGUAUGUCAGAGGGAGAGGAAGAGAGAAGCAAGAGGGUGGUGGACACUACUUAAAGUCCUUUUAGCAAGUCAUCGCUCUCGAAGGAAUGCGAGUGGAGACCAGAAACAAGACUCCGAUCUCAUGGUUGAAAGGACUGUCAUUUGUAGUCUAUAGUCUUGCUACGAUGGACAGUAUAUAGCCUCCCUGUAUGCGAAAACCCGUCAUGUUUGAAGCUG